AGAGAGAGAGAGAGAGAGAGAGAGAGAGGAGAGGGUGUUUGGCGCGGUGAGUGAGAGGCCGAGGAGACGGGAGGAGAGGAGAGAGAAGCAAAACGAAGCUCGCAAGCACGACGGAGAUGGCCUUCAGCUUCGUGCUCUCCCCGCCGACCCUUCGACUCCCGAGCCCCAACCGCGCCGGUGCCUCCUCCUCGUCCGCAUACCUACUCGCCCCCCACCAUGGGCGCCGCCGACGUACACCCGAACAUCGCUGCCGCUGCGGUGGGUCGCCGGAGACGGCGCCCGGUAGCAGCAGCAGCUCCGGUGGCCAGGGAUCGUACGAUGAGGACGCCGCUCGCCGUCCCCUCGGACUACACGGCGGCGCCUCCUCCUCGGACCGUCGAACCGGGAGUGAAGCACCGAGAUAUCAGGCAACUUCGACUAAAGGGAACACAAGUGAUGCAGAUUGUGAGGGAUGGCAAAAGAGGCAAUACAGUACAGAUGGUUUUCCAAAGAACAGGUCCAAGUCAAGAUACUUCAAAGCAUUCGGGGUUGAUUUGUCCCCUGAUAAUGUGGCUGUUACUAUUGUUUAUUUCGUGCAAGGAGUUUUAGGCCUUUCCAGGCUUGCUGUCAGCUUUUACUUAAAAGAUGAUCUUCAUCUUGAUCCAGCAGAGACUGCAGUUAUUUCUGGUUUCUCAGCCUUGCCAUGGUUGGUCAAGCCCCUCUACGGCUUUAUCAGUGAUUCCAUCCCUCUCUUUGGAUAUCGAAGAAGGUCAUACCUUAUUCUAUCAGGCCUCCUUGGAGCACUUUCAUGGACUUUGAUGGCGACUAUUGUAGAUGAUAAAUACAGCGCAACACUCUCUAUUAUUCUUGGAUCUCUUGCAGUUGCCGUCUCUGAUGUUGUGGUUGAUUCUAUGGUUGUCGAGAGAGCUCGAGGUGAAUCGCAGAGUACAUCUGGAACUCUCCAGUCGCUAUGUUGGGGAUCCUCAGCCUUUGGAGGAGUUGUGAGUGCAUACUUCAGUGGUUCUCUAGUGGAUACUUAUGGUGUAAGAUUCGUCUUUGGUGUUACGGCACUUUUGCCGCUGAUGACGUCUGCUGUUGCAGUUCUUGUAAAUGAAGAACGCUUGCCUUUGGGAGAACGUUCCAUCUCACUUUCAGCUUCAAGUUCAGAAUUAAUUGAGAGCUCUAAGCAGCGCAUCAUGCAGCUUUGGAUUUCAGUAAAGCAAUCCAGCAUAUUCCUACCCACCUUGUUCAUAUUCCUUUGGCAAGCAACACCACAAUCAGACCCUGCCAUGUUUUUCUUUAUCACAAAUAAGCUUGGAUUUACUCCAGAAUUUCUAGGGCGUGUCACGCUUGUUACAUCUAUUGCAUCCUUACUGGGUAUCGGAGUAUAUAAUUCUUUUUUGAAGGCGGUUCCAUUGAGGAAAAUCUUUCUUGUGACAACAAUUUUAGGUUCUGCACUGGGAAUGACACAGGUUCUUCUUGCCACUGGGCUCAACCAGAAGUUUGGCAUAAGCAAUGAAUGGUUCUCCAUUGGGGAUUCCUUGAUUAUCACAGUCCUUGGUCAGGCUUCCUUUAUGCCCGUCUUGGUGUUGGCUGCAAAAUUGUGCCCUUCGGGAAUGGAAGCAACUUUGUUCGCCACUCUGAUGUCCAUUUCUAAUGCGGGAGGUGUUGCCGGCGGUCUGGUGGGCGCAGGUUUAACUCAGUUACUGGGAGUCACUCGAGACAACUUUGAAAAUCUAGCUCUGCUGGUUGUCGUGUGCAAUCUCAGCUCUCUGCUGCCUCUGCCUCUUCUGAAUCUCCUGCCAGAUGAAUCACCUGAUACAGAUAAUGAACAAACAGAAAAUGAUUGAGGUUCUCUUUCCGUGCAUCGUUACAACUGUCCAUCCCGUCCCUGCGUAAACUCAAGGUGGGGAAAUGGAUAUCAGACUACAUUUGACUUGGGCAGUGCAGUGCCGAUCACUGUGUGAAGAAUAUUGAUUUGACAAAGGCCAUUGCUUCCCUCGUCGAUAUUGUAAACGCACCUCACCCAUCCAGGGAAGCAAAUCUGUCGGGCCAACAAAGUUCACUGGUUUCCUCGUCUAAAUGUACAAGGUUGAAGCAAUCAGCUUCGGUCAGGAGCUCAUGUACCUGCAUCAAGAAUCAUUUUCGUGUGCAAGUGAGCAUGGAGCCUGUAGAGUACAAAAGUACCUAUUGUAAAUUGCAUAAAAUGCAGAACGAAUUCAUCGUGUCUGCUCCUUUGCCCAGCCAAUGUAAGUCUGUAACCUCGUUUGAAUGAGAGAAGGGUUCUGACCA